AUGGGUGCCUGGGGAUAUGGUCUCUUCCAGUCCGAUCAUGACUUCGACAUCAUCAGCGAACUCAAUCAUGAUGCUGGUCUCAACCAGAUGGAAGACGAAGCCCAGGCUCUCGCAAAGGCUUCCGGCAAGGACGACAAAGAAAUCGGCCAGAUCUACUACACAAUCGACGGGAAGGGCUGCUCCGACCCGGAUCUGGUUCGCAAGCAUCUUGACUCCGGCGUCCUCAACUACCUGAUCGCAGAGAGGGAGGCGAAGAUGCUCGCCGUACCCACCAAGGAGCAAGAAUUGGACCACUACCUCCAAGACCCCUGCUAUGUCUACGUCCUACUCGGCGCGUGUGCGAUGACACUUGGCUCUCAGCUACCAGCAUCCUAUGUUUCUCUGCUCAAGAAGGUGUACACCGAAGGGGGCCUCAUGCCCGAUGCGCUUAAGCAGAUGAAGAAGGCCCUCCAUGGUCCCAACGGUUACAAGAACGGCGAGCCCUACGACUUCCACUCAAAGGAUCUCGUCGAGACAGCGAACGCGGAUAGCGACAACCGAAAGCCUAACGGACUAGGCUUCAUUGGCAUGAAUGUCCCUAGCCCAGGUGGACUGUUCAACACGGGCAUGGGCAACUCCUUCACGUCUGCGAUCAUCAAGGAACUCCGCGAGAAGCAGCAAAAUCCUCAUGCGUGCGCGACUUGCGGCGUCAUCGCAGGCUCAGGUGGUGAGAAGUUGUUGAUGUGUGCAAAGUGCAAGGAUAGGAAGUACUGUUCAGUCAAGUGCCAGAAGCACCACUGGUCGAUCCAUAAGAAGCUGUGUGAGCCUGUCUACCACAAGUAG